AUCUGGUAAACCCUGAGUUCAGGAUGGCACAGUCAGCAUCUGGGUGUGAGAGAUGUAAUGAUAAUCCAGAUGUGCAACAUGAGUUAAUAUGUAACCAAGGUGACCUCUUCCCAUUUCCUGGUUUUAUCGUCAAUAACAAAAAUGAUGUUGAAGAUUAUACUCCAAUUACCAAGAUUCCAUGUGGGUCUGUCCUGACUUGUGUCAAUUCUGCCAAGUCUACUGAAGAAAGCUCAAGCACUGCUACCACAAAAACCCCUCCGAUUGAGCCAUCUGUGUCUCCUGAAAUCCAAUCCAGUUUGUGUCGAUCUGUGCUUGUUUCAGGAGCCACACCUUCGACUUGUUAUGGUGCCGGGCAUGUAAUCUCUGGGGUCAUUGACAAGAGAAAAUGCAAGGCCAGGGGAAUUCUUUCUGUAGGACGUAGAAACCCCCUUGAAAGGGACAUCCCAGAAGACAAUAUUGAUUGCAUUAGUUAUGGUAAAAGGGGAAAAGGCAUCUUUGGAAAAUCUAGACCCUCUAUGAUUCCUUUUCCUGCUGAAGCUACAAUUAGUUGGCAUUUGUCACCAUCUUCUGCUGGCAAAACCAAUUACCCAAAAGGAUUGCGUCAAUCUUCAAAAAUAGUUGAAUCUGCUAUAAUCCCGUCAUGUUCUUCACCCAGGGUCCCCCCUUCUUGCACACAUAAUCCUAAGUUUCAAUGUCUAUUAGAGCCUAUAUCAAACAAAGUGGUAAAGAAACCAUCCGCAACUUCUCCUUGUGACACUCCUCACCACGGAGCUGUUAUUUCACAAGAAGAGAUAACAUCAUCCUUCAAUUUCAAUGCAGAAUGGUCUCCAUUUUCUGCAUGCUCUUUAAGUAGUGGGAAUGUUAUGCAAACUCCAAACUCGGAUUCAAGCUUAGAAAGGCGCGGGAGUUUAUGUUGGCUGAAGGAAGGCAUUCAAUUGAAUCAUAAGUUUAAAUCUGACCUUGAUCAAGUGACAGAUGUUUUUCAACAUGAAAGCUUAUCCCUUGAGGAUGAUGCAUCACCAUGGGAUCCACCAUCUUCUGAUCUUACAAACCUUAACCAUCUCAGAGAAAAUUCGGAUAGUCAUGCAUCGUGGGUUUCCAACUCAACUUCAGGGAACGUGUCAGAGUCACAGAUGCAUAUAUCUUGGAGGGAUGGACUCAUAAGUGAUGCUUUUGAUAAGGACGAUUUAGAUUGUUGUAGAUUGUUGUCAGACGAAGAAAUGGAUGCUGAUGAACUGUUAAAGUCUCAUAUGCUUUUCGAGCACAAAGUACAAGCUGAUGGAAACGACAAAGAAACUUCACUUCCUAUUCAAUUAAACCCUUGUGCAGAGUCUAUCUGCACUGAUGACAGCAGACUAAUUGCAUCUGGGGACUCGGACUGGACUCUCUACUACAAAAAACCAGUCAUUUGAACUGUCUUCCAUAUUUACUUAAAGUAAGUUUGCCCCGUCUUAUUAAUUUAUAUCUUAUCAUUUCAUAUAGAAGGUUAGCAUGUUAUGUUUGUUUUUCACGAACAUUAACAGGUAAGAAUAAGUUACUGGAAACGAUCUCAAGAUCCAUGUCAUUUUUCAGUUAUUCCCAGAAAGAGGCAAAAAAGAUGGAAAAACUAAUUGUCAAGAAACUUUAGUAAUAUACAUACAC